ACUUGACCCGUGACUCCGCCCAAUGUCAGGGCGAUCCCCCCGGAGUAACGUGUCGCCUACGCAGUUUUAUUUUUGUUGAUUAGAAAAAAGUUAUUCGAUUCGGCCGUUCUCACUUUCUGUCCGAUUGCAUUUAUCAGACGUAUUAAACUUUUUCUUUCCUGUAAGACUUGUCUUUAGUUUUGUUUCUCUGAGAUGUUCGAGCAGACAAUCCGAAAUUUCAAAAUCAAUUUUAUCAGGCACGAUGGACGAAAUAGUUUUUCCAGUGGCGACCAAAUCAUAGGUCACAUCUCUUUUGAUCUGACAAAAGAAACAAAGAUCACUUCAAUAACAAUGAGGCUGAAGGGAAACGUGAAUGUGCACUGGACCGCCGGAGGAGGUGGAGGGAAACAGGAAACGAGGAAACGUUACUCUGCAAGGCUGGACUUCUUCGACUUAAAAGGAGUUAUUUUGCAAGAAGACAGGGGUAUGCUGUUACUGGUGCUGUUUGGACGCAGUGAUACAUGGCAAACAAACAGUCACCGUCUUUGUCCUUUUCUUAUAGCUACUCGUGGGACAAAACUUCAACUCGGGACGCAUGUGUAUCCGUUCACAUGUCAGCUCCCACUAGGAAACUUCCCAUCGUCCUUUCAUGGGGUUCACGGAAAAAUAGCAUAUACCUUGACAGUGGGCAUUAAUAGACCGUGGCGUAUGUCCAAGGACUUUGUGACAGAGCUUAAGUUUGUAAACCACAUUGAUACCAACCAGCCAGGGUUGAAUUGUGUUGUUUUUCUGCAGGCGCCACUCUCAGGUUCAAACAGCGUGACACCGUGUAGCUUGUGGUGUAACUCCAGUCCCGUCACUCUGACAGUCAGUGUAGCGACGAAAGCUUUCACCCCUGGCGAAACAGUGAAAAUAUUUUGUGAAUUUAGUAACCCUUCAUCUAAAACAGCUACUCCGAAGGUGAAGCUGCAACAGAAACAGACUUUCUACACCCACAGUAAGCGCAACAGGAAGGUGGCUAUCAAAACUUUGGCGUGUGUGUCAGGAGAACCUGUUGGUGCUCAGGUUUCUUAUGUACGCACUGAGAUCAUGCUCGCUAUUCCCUCGUCUGCAUCUUUAACCAUCUCAGAGUGCAGCAUUCUGGUUGUUGAUUACAUUAUUGAGGUUAAACUCCACGUAGGAGCAUUGGAUGAGGUCGUUGUGCUGUUUCCAAUCAUCCUGUGUGAUACCCCCGUGCAAACUUAUCCCCCAGUAUGAUUUGUUGUCACAGUGUGCUGUGUGUCGAUUAGAGAGCGAUGAGGACCCAUAGUUUCAGACACAGAUGGUAGAGCUUCAUAGAAAAAGGUGAGCCAUUUAUUUGAAUUGGUACAAAGUUCAAUAAACAAAAUAACAAAGCCCAAAAAUUAAUAAAAACAUAAAUCUAGUAAGACCAUGAAGAUAUUCAAAAAACAGAAAUCAAAGGAGAACACAGAUGACUCAACAAUGAUGAGACUGUAUAUACAUACAGGGGCUUGGUUAGGAAUUGAGGAUGGCAAUGAGGAGAUAAUUAAGACAUUUAAACACAAAGCAAAGCUCACAACAAGACACAAGAGGAAGCGAGUUAAAUAGUUCGAAUAGCAACAUAAUGGUUUGAUUCCAUCCCUACAAACCUGUUAGUUGUUUUUUCUCAGUCUAACUGUAAAUAAACUCUGGAAUUAAUUGCAAACCAAAUUUUAAUCUUAACUUUAUAGACAAUAUUUUUUGAACAGAUUUUUUUUUAAAGAAAUUAGUGAAUGUAUUUUAUUUCAUAACAUAUAGCACAUAUACCAUGAGAAAAAUCUACUUUUACCUCAGCAUUGACUUACAGCGAGCAUGAUAUUUUCACCAGCUUUUCAUUUUUCCUUUGUGCAGCAACACAAGGUGUUUUUGAGGAUCCACAUGGAGCAUAUCGCCACUGCUCUUCCUACACGUGUUACUGUUCAUAUGCCAUUCAUAUGUUGAUGACAUGCAGUUGUACAUGUUAAUUUCCUCUGAUGACCUCGAUGCAUCUUUCAUUUUAUCUUAACCAUUUUUUUUUACCUGUUUACCUUUUUACUUUAAAUGACUUAGAUACUGUUUGUGCUAGAGACAAAUUGUAAACAGUUUACAGUUUCUUUUAGUCUGCUUCACAGCUUCCUGAUAUCUGGUGUAUUGUAAACGAUACACCAGAUAUCCCUGUAAACUGGGAUAUCUGGUGUAUCAUUGAAGCACAAAGCAUUCACAAGCUACUGCUGUCUGAUCACCGAUAGAAAAAUCAGAAAAAUUGUUUGAUGAAUUGGUUAAUGAAGAUGAUACAGCCUAUCACCAUUUGAGUAGGCAUAAAUAAUAAAAAUAUUUUGCCAAAUAUGACUGGCUAUACUAAUUAUGUGUUACCUUAACUUUACAUUUUCAUGUUGAUAGUAGAUUGAAGUAAUACACUCAAAAUCCUUUCAAUAGUCAAUAGAGCACCUUUAUGCUUGUGUUCCUAGUACGGCGAUGACUUACUCAUUUAUUAAAUCCCACUAAGGCCUUUAAGGUCAUCAGGCAGAGGUCUUGUAACAACACUCAGAAUAAGAUCCAAAUCUGGUGCGGGUGGUUUCAGCACUCGCUCUUACAGAACUUCAAAUAUAUUCCCACACCUGUGUCAGAAAACUGUGUAUAUUUGUAUGCUUUUAUGUGUCUGUAUGUGUGUUUAUGCUUGUUGUACAGUUUAUUACAUGUGUUAUAUGUUUUGAGUGUUGUGUUUGAUGUACAUCAGGUUUAUGCUUUAUAAUCUCAUAUAUGCCACUUUUUAAAAAAUCAUCCCUACAGCCGUCUGUUACCAAUUUUCACGUUAUUGUGAAUGUAUUUGUAUAAGGUGUGCUGUACUGCAAAGCUGCCAUGGUGCGCAUUGGCUAGACGCGACGUCAUGAGUCACAGCGUAUAUCACUGCAUUCGGGUGAAGGUCGAUAAGUGUUGGUGUAAGUUUAAUAAAAUCCUUGACCUUUCCAUCUCUGAGAAAAUAUGUGGUGGCUGUCAGAAGUUUAAUAAAUCAUACUAUGGAGUUUCUAACACUAAAUUUUAAUGGAGAGAGCCAGUAUAAACUGCAAGACUGGAGGAGAAUAGCCAGGUAAAGGAUGUUAAAACUGGAAAGUCUUAGAAUUGGAAAUCUUUCUUUCCAUCUACAUGAUGUGAAUAGUCUGUGGUGAAGUUUUUCAUCAUAGUGACUGAAGAAAAAGGAGACUUGUGUAACAGUGUCAUAGUCCAGUUUUGGACAAAUUAUCAAAUUUAUAAAUUUAUAUGUACAUAUUCACAAACGCUGCAUGUUAUAUUGUCAUCAUUUGCAUUUCAACUGUUUAUAAAAAUAAAAACAAUUAGUAGAA